AUGACAUCGGCGGAAAGGGGAACCUUAGUGACAUUGGCUUUGGCUGGAAACGCUGUUGGUAAUUACAUACCGCCUAUGAUUAUAUUUCCACGAAAAAGAUUCCAAGAACAUUUCAUUCGUGAUGGCCCAGUUGGUUCAGUAGGAACAGCUAAUGGAUCUGGAUGGAUAAAGGAGGAUGAUUUUUACUUCUUCCUUGAACAUUUCAAAAAUCAUGUUAGGCCAUCAAAAGAGCAAAGAGCCCUGUUGCUCUUGGAUAAUCAUUCUUCCCACAUGGCCUUAAAAAAUAUUGAAUUCUGCAGAGACAACGGCAUAAUUUUGCUUACAUUCCCUCCACAUUGCACCCACAAGCUACAACCAAUGGAUCGUGCUAUCUUUGGGCCUCUAAAGAAAGCAAUUAAUACAGCUUGUGAUAAUUGGAUGCGCUCAAAUGCUGGGAAAGUUAUGACCAUUUGCCAGUGGCCACGCUGGUACAGCUAA